UUUACCUAUCAUUUAAGUACUCGUCUGUAAGCUGUGGUGUACUGGUUCUGCGAGUUGUGUGUUUUUAUUCGUCUUAUCAACGUCUUGGUGCCAAUCAUGUCUAGAAGACAUUUAAGGAAGGUAUUUGGGAAUUCAUCCAAUAGUACGGAUAUCGUUGUCUCAGACAGUGAGGAGUAUGAGUCUGAUACGCCUAGAACUAAUUCAUAUGCAGUUUUGGACAAUAACUCCUCUGAAUCAGAAUCUGAAAGUGCAGCAGCUGUUAUAGAACCUCCCAUAGCUAAGUCUGAUAUUGAUGAAGGGAAGAAGAAAGAGAAAAAGAAGAAAAACAAACAAAGACGAAAAUCAAACAAAUCUCAAUCUGGUUUGGUUGAAGACAUUGAUGUAUUAGUUCGAGAGGUCAACGCAGUACUCGGGGAGCCUUCUUGCGCAGUGAUACCUGAGAAGGAACCGAAACAAAAUAAAUUUGAAACAUUAUUUUCAAUUAACAAAAAACAUCUUAACUCGACAAAUGAACUGGACAGAUUUUUUGGUGCUGAGAAAAAAAAACACAACCAGGCUAAAGAUAAAGAUACUUUAAGGAAUCAAAUUGCCCCUUAUAGUGAAAAGUUUAAGGUUAAGGGAAUGUCUAUGUCCGUAAAUCGCAUAGAAAAUGGGUUCACGUAUUACUGUUACGACCACAGUAGCGAUUACCAGCAACGGCACAAAGAUCUGUUACAGGAUAUAGAUGAGAGGCAGGAUAUAUUGGAAUCUCCAUUGCAAACAUCCUUGAAGAACAUGCAUGUCGAAGGAAUACUAGAGGCUUUCGUGCUGUUCUGCCGAGGGGAGGACUACAACGCCGCCAAUAUGGCUCUUGAACAAAUAAUCUCGUACCUACAGUUUGUUGCACAUCCCUUCUUUAACAUAGCUAAUCUCAAAACUCGAUUGGAAUACAGAAUUAUGGAGAACAGGCCCUUUCACAUCUCAGUGCUACUAUAUAGCCACAUUUUGAGUAACAAGGCAUGCCAUAGAACGGCUCUGGAGCUAGCCAAGAUGCUCUUAAACCUUGAUCCUUCGGACCCUUUGGACAUUAUGUUCAUAAUAGACACUUUUGCUAUAAGAGCUCGUGAAUACGCAUGGUUAAUAGAAGCUGUAGACUGGUUCGACAAAGAAUUGAGUGUUAAAUACCUAUUUAACAUAAAGUUGUCGUAUGCCCUGGCACAUUUUCACAUUGCAAUCAAAAAUAAAGAAGAUUUACAGACUGCAGAUAACCUGCUUAAGAAGGCGUUGAUAAUGUACCCAGUGGCGCUAAAUCUGCUUAUUCCCGCCACCGCACACAAAGACGAAAAAUCUAAAAUACUUAUUUCUCACCCUAUCUUCAAUUACCGAGCUAUUAACGAAACAUACAAGCCUCUGUACGAGUUGAUCGCCCUGUACGCAGCGUUCCUUGGCCCGCGGUGGAACGAGCCCGACGUGUUGAAGUGGUUGGUGCGGAAUGCUCUGGAGUUGAUCGACAAAUACGAUAACGAUCCAACUGUAAAGGAGGCGUUUGCAAGCAAGAAAUUGGUGCGUCAGUCUCUGUUCCGCACGUGGCCGAUUCAGAUGUACCGCCAUCUUUGCCUGCUCAAACCACUCUCUAACUUGCUUGUCGAUGGGGCAGUGCCAUACAUACCUGGAUAUGAACAAGUACAUUGCUUCAACCCCGCACCCGAUGAUGACAGCGUAAAUCGCUAUAAGUACAAGGACUCUCGUGUAUUUAUUAUGAUAGAAGGAGCAACAGUGAUGCCGCACGGUCAUCCAACUUCGAUAUUUUGUAUCAUUGCAACAGAAUUUUGCGAGCGGUUUUCCUUUUGCGGCUUAAGAACUAUUCUGUCGUUAUAUCUGCGAAACGUUCUGUGUCUCCACGAGAACGCUGCCACUGUGGUCUACCAUAUAUUUAUCAUGAUGUGUUAUACUAUGCCUCUGAUGGGAGCUAUACUGGCGGACAACUUUAUUGGCCGAUACAGAGUAAUUCUAUAUUUCUCUGCGGUCUAUUUUGUUGGGACUAUACUCUUGUGUUGUUCUGCGAUACCUCCAUUAAUGUUAUCGCCAACCUCAAUGUCGAUGAUUGGUCUGGCAUUAAUUGCUACGGGUACUGGAGGAAUUAAGCCCUGCGUGGCAGCCUUUGGGGGUGACCAGUUCCGGUUGCCAGAAGACAACAGCCGUCUACAGAAGUUUUUUUCAACAUUUUAUUGCAUCGUAAACCUGGGAGGCUUUAUGGGUAUGAUUGUUACGCCGGCUCUGCGAAGGAGUGUCAUGUGUUUCGGCGAUGAUGCCUGCUAUGCACUCGGCUUUGGGUUUCCGGCGAUACUGGUUUUAAUUUCCAUCGUUAUUUUUGUGAUGGGAAAGCCCUGGUACAGGAUUAAAAAACCACGAGACAAUGCAACGUUGAAGUUUGUUGCUUGCGCAUGGUUUGCUUUCAAAAAACGCCUACAUUACGACAGCAGUGCUGACGGUCCGCGUCUGGAACAUUGGCUGGAUUACUCAAUUGAGGAGUAUGGAGAAAAACUUGUUACCGAUAUGAAAAUCGUAUGCUCCAUAUUAUAUUUGUACCUGCCUGUACCGAUAUUUUGGUCGCUCUUCGAUCAACAGGGAUCUCGCUGGACGUUUCAGGCUUCCAGAUUGCGAAGCGAAGUUUUUGGUAUAACUCUAAUGCCUGAUCAGCUGCAAGUGAUGAAUCCUGCAAUGGUGUUAUUCAUGAUACCAGUGUGUCCUGGCGGUGUCUGGCCAGUUUUACCUGAACUCUCGUCUCUUAAUAAAAUGUUCAUUGGAGGAAUACUAGCGGCGAUGGCUUUCUUCUGUGCUGGCAUACUUCAGAUAAGCAUAGAGCGAUCGACAUUACAAGUACCAGGGCAACAUCAAACGGGAAUAAUUUUGCUCAACACUCUGGCGUGCUCGAUGGAGUUGGAGGUGAUGGGGGAAGGCCUGGUUCUUGUCGAGCAAGGCGGCACGGCCCUCAUGACGCCACUGCCACGUCGCACCUACGCCAUUGUUGCAACCUGCCCGAGGGAUUGCGCCGGCAGGAUUAUGAAACGACACAGCAUUAAACUUAACUUGAGAACUGUGGCGGGAAUGUUCAUGCCAUUAAUCAUCGGGCAAAAUUCUGACGACCAGUUAUCAUUUUACUUCAUGGACCCAGGACCGUUUUCGAAGUCACUUACUGGUAAACCAAAGUUGAAGGUCGUGUACAUAGGCGAUACCGGACCUAACAAGAACGUUUCUAUAGAGGUGGAAUCUGAGAAGCAAUUAUGUGAUAUAUACUACGUUUCGGACGCGCCCGUCGAUCAUAUCGGCGAGUCUGCCUACAUGUGCCUUCAGCCGGGAAAAUUUGCAUGGCGUGCCAACAGCGCUGGUGGCGAAGUAUCGGGCAAUGGAGAAGGGGAACUUCGUGCUGGAGGUGUAUACGUGCUAUGCAUUCGUGAGCGGCUCGGCAGACUCGACAUGGCAGUAUUACACGCGCCCAACCCCCCUAACGAAUUGAAUCUCGCAUGGAUAGUACCCCAAUACUUGCUAGUUUCAAUGGCGGAGAUUAUGUUUGCAGUGUCGGGCCUCGAAUUCUCGUUUACCCAAGCUCCGAAAAGUAUGAAAACGAUCACAAUAGCCGCUUGGUACAUGUCCGUUGCGAUUGGUAAUCUCAUCGUGAUACUCGUUGCGCAAACUAAGAUAUUCGAAUCUAGAGCAAUGGAGUUCUUUGUGUACGCCGGCGUGUUGACAGCUGCUAUGUUGAUAUUCCUGCGUCUAGCUCACGGUUAUUGUUCAAGAACAAUGGAGGGCGAUGGCUCCUCAACUGAAAGCCAUCCCUUACUGCACAGACAUUCCAGGGCUCUAUCAGUUCACUCUGCGACUACAAGUUCUCGUCCAUACAGCUGUGUCAGCCGCGACAGUAGUGCGGCGUCGUGCCUGGGCCAUAUGGAGCGUUCACGAACAGCAGCCUGGCCCAUAUAUACUGUUGUACAUGUUGGUACACCUACUAGUAGUACCACCGACAAGAAGGCGACUACUUUGGCGAAGGAUUAACUGUUUGGCAACGACAAGUUUAAAACGGCAGCAGAAUGCGACAAUGUUGACAAUCUACACAUUCAUAUAUUAUCUAGCCCACUAACCCGCAUUGGAGCAGCGUGGUGGGUCUAUGCUUUAAAACCGUCUCUCCUAAGAGGCCUGUGUCCUGCAGUAGGGUA